UUCAGGAGUGCAGCAGUGCAGCAGCUUGGAAAACCGGGGCCCAAAGCCAGACACCGACAUGGCAACAUCCUUGACACGUUCAGGGAUCGUGAGGCUCUGGGCCCGGCUGGUUGCAGCAUCAGCGACCCAAGUUGUCGGGUGCUAGAACAAGCGGGCGAACAACAAGCCAGGUUUGGCCCAGAACAGCGACUUGACGAUGCUCUUUAAAAUUUAGUGUGGGAUGACAGGUCUGAAAUCUGAAUGUGAAAUGAAACUCGACAACUCUCAAGUUGACGAUACACUGGCAAAUUUGGGCAGCCCCGGCCCAGGCUUGUGGAUGGGCCCGCUAACGCACCAGAGCCCGCACACUUGCGGCGACUUAGCAGCGACCGGCCUCAAUCCUACCUAUCAGGGCAUGUCAACUUGUGGGACCCGAAAUUACACAGAAACUCUUCGUGAGCCUUCCAAAGAGCGUGCGAUUACCGGGCCGGACGUGGGUCUCUUUUUGGAGAUGGACUCCAGGGAAUCGCAGUGGCUGACAGGGCAGACGUUGGCCAGGCGCCCACCCAAUGCGCCAUAUCCCUAUCCAUGGAUGUAUGUACCUCCGUAUGUAGGUCAGUUAGGUAGUGUCGGCUCCUCUGUAGUGCACCAAACCUGGAAGUGGACAGCGGGAAUAUUUACAAACUGGGGAACCUUCCAUUUGGCGUCCAUCCAAACUUUUGCAAACCUCGACGGUCUCUUCCCUCCGGCCACUCCACGCCGCCUGCCUUUCCCUCCCUCCUUUUCCUCGCCCACCCCACGAGGCGGAUUGUUGAAGAGGAGCAGUACACUGUACGGUGCCGGUAGAGAUAGGCGCUCGGCAUAGCAAUGCAUCGAUUGGACCUACGGUGCUUCACCAGACGCCGCUCUUCCACCCACCCAAUGUGCUCCAAUUGAUAUUUGCCUCAAACGCCCUUCCAAUCCAACUUACUCCAAUCUUUAACCUGUUUGAUUUAUUUCUCUUCUACUCGCUCAUUUUCGUCUGCCUGUAUAGGCGACAUUUCAGUUCUCUUAAUCUUAUUUUUCUGCCCUGUUGUUGCGACACUCUCGUCACGAUUUAGUU